AUAUGAUUUGAUGAAACAACUUGCAGAAGGGACUAGAAGUUCUGUAUGCUAGCACAAAGCCUAACUCUAAGCCUGAUACAUAUUCUCUGAGUGUUCCUGGAAUAAAUGAUAACACUGAUAGAAAGAUAAGUGAUAGAGGUACAGAGCCUUAUGACAUUAUUUAUUAUAACAAAGUGCCUGCUUUGCUGAGAAGGUAAAUACCUAUUAGAGACAAAGGGUGAUGUUAAAACUUCUACUGACUCUACUUAACAGCAGAAUUUUCCUUGUCACCUUCACAUUUAGACAGUGCAGGUAGCAGAAUACUAUUCUCUCUUGUUUGACCAUAGAGAUUCUGGUAUACAACUUCAUACCUGUAGUGCUGAAGUAGUAACCUUUCCUUUUUGUUUUCCAAUCACUUCCAAAAUUAUUCUUCCAGCUGCUAGCCCUCUGAUUUUUUUUUAAUAUUUCCUUUUAAAACAUAGAAGUGUAUUAUUCCAGAGGAGUCUCUGUGGAUACACUGUACUCAGAGACAAAAUAGCAUCUUUGUUCCAGUUGUGUUACCUUCUUGUAAAGACUGGGCUAGCUGCUUGUGGAGCACAGAGGACUCACAUUCAGGGAGUUUUCUGCAGUAAUGGAGAUAGUUGGUAUUUUUUAAAACACAGCCUAUCAUUCAUGGUACCAUGAAAACAUUCAUGUUAUCUUAAAUGCGAAAAUGAUCAUGCUAUCUUAAAGGUACAGCCUCACAUGGCUUCCAAGAGAAAUGCUUCCUAAAAUACAAGUGUAAUAUAAACUUGGCUACAGAUGUAGAGGAAAACUAAUUACAGGAAAACAAAGAUACUUCCUCAAAUCCUAGGAGCUUGAGACAGGAAAGUUUCUGUCAUUCCUCUUGAGAAAUUAGAGCCCAUUCACAUUUAAGCUCUUCUCAGAAGCUUGUUCUGAACUUCUUGGAAAGAAUUCAGGAAAGUGGAACAAAUUGCAUUUCUUGUGGUUCUUGAGUCUUUUACAAUGUACAAUAUUAUUUAAAAUUAUUUAGAAGAAAAAUCAUCAUAUUAACCCAGAAGUAGUGCAUACCUCUGUAUAAUAAAUACCAAUUGACAGUAGUUUGGCUAACGAUGAUUACUUUUUAUGAACUUAAGAGAAGUAGUCCCUGAGCUCCUGAGGGGCCUGCAGAGCACUGAGGGGAAAAAAAACCAACUCUGAGCUAUUCUGGGGUUUUUGCCAUAGCACAGCAACAGGUAUAUGCUGUUUAGGAAACACAGAACAUCUAAAUCUCCAGUCAGUAUUGAAAAUUAACUCCCCUGGAAGUUCAGGGGUAAUGUGACAGGGGUGUGUCAGUAAGUUUAUUAUAAUUAUCAGGUACUAUGAUGGGGUGUGUUGCAUGGAUCAUCAUGAAUGUUCCUAAUUAGGCUGCUGAUGUACAGAAAGCUAUGCUAACAGGUAUUUUUACAGGUCUGGAUGCCAAAGCAAGUGUAGGAUAAAAGUAGGGAAUGCGUGACUUUUUGUAUUUUCAUGUAGUAGAAAAUAAGGGAAUCAAAGUCUUAGGCUCUAAAAUCUGAAGGAGCUUCAGGGUGUUCUGUGAAUAGAACCACGACUGUCUGAUUUCCACAGUGAAAGAGUAUCUCCAGAGGGGGGAGGAUGUUUUUGUAGUAAAGUACAACUUUUUAGGAUGUGCAGAUUCAAUGUAAGUACUGUUUCAUUAUUGGGUAGGUGGGUGGGCGAGACGGCAGAAUAAAUUACUCGGUUUGCACGGAUGAGUAACGACCCAAUUCCUCUGCUGAACUAAGGUGUGAUUCUUUGGCAGACUGAUAUCACUGUGGAGGCUGCAUUAAUUUGUAUUUGCAUACUAUGGGGAUUACUUUGCACAGAUCGCCUUAAUUCUGUGUCUGAGCUUAAGCUCAAUCUUCUCUGCGGUGUUUAUUACCUCAGACUAUAUCUGCUCAGGAAUUCUGCUCAAAAGGGGGAGUUUUUCACUCAGAGAGCACAGGUGUAUGGAGUGAGGUAAAGCGAUUUAUGUAGAAAAAUAAGGAAAUCUGCAUUCAAACACGCUUUUUAGGUAAUGGGAAGUUUAGUGUGUCAUUUGGUGCCAAUUUAAGAUAAUUUCCUCUCCUGCUAGAGAGAUGUGAACUGAACCGCAGAUUGUGUUGGCUCUUUCUAGUCUUUGAGAAGUAUCAAAGUUAACGAGCCAGAGGGAUAACGCUGGGGGCUGAGAAUAGGGAGCGUGCAGUUUUAUUCUUGCCCCGGCAAUUACGCGCUACGCAUGUGGCCACAGCGUUUAACUCCUGGUACCCUCAGUUUCUCUGCUUGACAAAUAGUGACUCAUGCGUUCUGCACGGGGAGCCAGUGCAGCGCUAGAAUUCCUGCUUGCGAAAUCGGCUUAAAUCUUUUGGAGAGAAGCGUUAAUGGUUGCAGGGUAAGGCCAGCAGUGCCGCGGGCGGGAUGCGGGUGCAGACACGUAUCAUUUCCCAGCUGCCAGCCGCACGGCGUUGCCUGCCAUCUGCAUUUUGCAGCCCGCCGGAACCCGGGCGGGAGCCGGGCGGCCGCGCUCCCCCGGGGCUCUGCGGGGAGGCGAGGGGCGGCGGGAGCGCCGCGCCGUGCGGCCGGGCCCGCCAAGAGUUAACGGCGGCUCCCCCGGGGCCGCGCCGCCGCCUCCCCACCCCGGCGCUGCAUUAUUAUUAUUAUUGCUCCCCCCUUCCCUCGCCUUCCAGUUUUGGCAGGGGAUUAAAGCAGCUCCCCCCUGUGGCAGCAGUGACCCAGAAACGAGUUUGAUUCACGGAGUCCUUCCUCCAUAACAAGUACAAACGUCAGUCAGAGGGAAUCUGUGUGUGUGUGAGAGUGUGUGUGUGUGUGUGUGUGUGUGUGUGUGUGUGUGAGCGCGUGUGUGGCGCAGCCAGCCGCUCUCCGUGCCCGCUGCCCGGCGCCGCGCCGAACUCAUGCGGCGGCCCCGAGCCCUCCGCGCAGGGGGAGCCCGGCCGCGCCGCCCGCCCUCGCCGCCGCCGCGCCGCCGCCAGCAGGCUGCCUGCUGUUUCCCGGGGAGAUCAUGAAACGACAUCGGCUUCCUAGCAGCAGCGAGGACUCUGACGACAAUGGCAGUCUGUCUACCUGGUCCCAGCAUUCCAGGUCUCAGCGUCGUAGGACUUCAUGUUCCAGAGAUGAAGAUCGGAAACCUUCUGAGGUGUUCAGAACGGACCUGAUCACUGCCAUGAAGUUACAUGACUCCUUCCAGCUGAACCCUGAUGAAUACUAUGUGCUGGCAGAUCCCUGGAGGCAGGAGUGGGAAAAGGGAGUUCAGGUGCCAGUUAGCCCAGGGACCAUCCCAGAACCAGUAGCCAGAGUGGUGUCAGAGACAAAAGCUGUCACCUUCACACGGCCCAGGAAAUACAUCGUGUCCUCGGGCGCGGAGCCCCCGGAGCUGGGCUACGUGGACAUCCGGACCCUGGCAGACAGCAUGUGCCGCUAUGACCUCAAUGACGUGGACGUAGCCUGGCUGCAGCUGGCCAAUGAAGAGUUCAAAGAAAUGGGGAUGCUGGAGCUGGACGAGUACACCAUGGAAAGGGUGAUGGAGGAGUUUGAGCAGCGCUGCUACGAUAACAUGAACCACGCCAUCGAGACGGAGGAGGGGCUGGGGAUUGAGUACGAUGAGGAUGUCGUCUGUGACGUCUGCCAGUCUCCAGAUGGAGAGGAUGGCAAUGAAAUGGUGUUCUGUGACAAAUGCAAUAUUUGUGUGCACCAGGCGUGCUACGGGAUCCUGAAGGUGCCCGAGGGCAGCUGGCUGUGCCGGACCUGCGCGCUGGGCGUCCAGCCCAAGUGCCUCCUGUGCCCCAAGAAGGGCGGCGCCAUGAAACCCACCCGCAGCGGCACCAAGUGGGUGCACGUCAGCUGUGCCCUCUGGAUUCCAGAGGUGAGCAUCGGAAGCCCCGAAAAAAUGGAGCCCAUCACAAAAGUUUCCCACAUUCCCAGCAGUAGGUGGGCACUGGUGUGCAGCCUUUGUAAUGAAAAAGUUGGAGCUUCUAUACAGUGUUCAGUGAAAAACUGCAGAACAGCCUUUCACGUCACGUGCGCGUUUGACCGCGGCUUGGAGAUGAAGACCAUCUUGGCAGAGAACGACGAGGUGAAGUUCAAGUCCUACUGUCCCAAGCACAGCUCCACCAAGAAAGCAGAUACUGAGACACUGAGUGAAAGCCCAGGUCAGGAGAACAGCAACGGGAUUCAGGACACCUCUCUUCCUGCCCACAUGGACCCUUUCCACAGCAUGGAUCAAAACCAGGAGGAGGCCCACAGGGUCAGCCUCCGCAAGCAAAAGCUGCAGCAGCUGGAGGACGAGUUCUACACGUUUGUUGAGUCUUUGGAAGUGGCCAAAGUGCUGCGGCUGCCUGAGGAGCCAGUGGAAUUCCUUUACCAGUACUGGAAACUGAAGAGGAAAUCCAAUUUCAAUAAGCCUUUGAUUACCCCAAAGAAGGAUGAGGAGGACAAUCUGGCUAAACGGGAGCAGGAUGUUCUGUUCAGGAGGCUGCAGCUUUUCACACACCUCCGGCAGGACCUGGAGCGGGUGCGUAACCUCACUUACAUGGUGACACGGAGAGAAAAAAUCAAGAGAUCUGUUUGCAAAGUUCAGGAACAGAUAUUUAACAGCUACACAAAGCAGCUGGAACAAGAAAGAGUUUCAGGUGUGCCUUCCUCAUUCUCCUCCAUGGAAAACACAGUGUUGUUCAACAGCCCGUCGCUGGGCCCCAACGCCCCCAAGAUCGAGGACCUGAAGUGGCAUUCUGCGUUCUUCAGGAAGCAGAUGGGCACAUCUCUGGCCCACUCCUUGAAAAAACCGCACAAGAGAGACAGGGUAAGGGACAGGUCUGGCAACGACAGCAAAUCCCUGCUGGGGCAGCCCAGCCCCAGGGAAGGAGGCGCAGCUCCAGGCAGCUUCCUAAAUUUUGACAAGACCUUUGCUGAGACACGGAUUGUAUCGGCACAGCAGAAAAACGGCGUUGUUAUACCAGAGCACAGGAAAAGAAGAGACAAUCGCCCACAGUGUGAGGUGGCGAAGGCAGAGCUGAAGGAAAAGACUUCUAAACACACCCACAAACUGCUGAGACCCACAGAACUCUCUCAGAGGCAACUGGAAAACAAAAGGGCUGUGAACCACUCCGGUGGUAGGUCAGCGCCUGGCACUCGGAGGGAUAUAGUGCCUAAAUGUAACGGGGGUCUGGUCAAAGUAAACUCUAAUCAGUCAGUCGUUAAAGUGCCUACCGCACCCACGAGCCCAGGGAAAAACUGGGGCGGAUUCCGAAUUCCAAAGAAGGGGGAGAGGCAGCAGCAGGGGGAGAGCCUGGAGGAGGCCUGCCGCCAGAACUCCGGCUACCCCUACCUGGGCGUGGGCAGAGUUGCAGCGAAGGAGAGGACAAAAAGCAAGUUAAAGCCUGACAGUGAGAACGAUGGGUACGUCCCCGACGCUGAAAUGAGCGACUCGGAGACGGAAGUGGCCGAAAAGAAGUGCAGGCAGCAGAGGCUCAGUCCAAACAGCAGCAUCGGCAGGAGGACGGACAUUAUUCGGAGGAGCAUCCUGGCCACCUGACCACACACAGGCACGGGGCAGUAGAGUCACUGCCUACAAGCCAACUUCACCUUACUCAUCAGUGUGAGAGAGGAGCAUUCUUAGAGCUACAGACCGACAAACCGAAAGCCCAUUUUUUUCUGAGUUGUAUAAAUAUGUUUACAUGCACUUAAAGCUGUUUUAAGCGCUUUGGUUUUGUUUUUUUUUUUCUUUUUUUUUUUUUCUUUUUUUUCUUUUUUUUCCUCUGCCCCAUCCACACCACUUCACCCUCCCCAUUUCUGUGAGAAGUUUGAGUCUCCCUUAUUUGCAACUUUCCUGAGUAAGCAGAAAAGUGACAUCGCUACUAAAACAGGAGUUGAGAUGCACACAACUCACAAAAAUCUCUUAAAAGGAGCUAGAGUGGGUAGGAGAAAUCAGGCUGUGUUCAUCCCUUCUAGCUAAAAGGCACUGAAAAUUUUACUUGCUUCCCCUGACUUCUGGAAAAGCACAAGCUCUUAAUUUAACUGGUGUGUAUUGAAUGGAAGAUGGUUGUUAGACCAUGCUGCACUGCACUGGUAAAUCCCAUUACAACUGCUCCCUGUCCCUGGGCAGGGGCAGCUCUUUCUCCUCUCUUUGCAUAAUGUGUUGUGUUCAGUUUGAGCACAGGUGGCAGCUCAAACCCCUCCCUAUGCUCCAGAGUUUACAUGUAAAUGAUGACCAGGCACAGCCACGACGUUGCACUGGAGGAGGAAGAAGGGAUAGGGCAGGGCUUUGAAAGAUUGGGACUGACACAAAGGAUGUUCCCAAAUGGCUCAGUUCUGAGCAAGGGGCAGGUUUGGGGGUUCCAGCACUGCAUGGACUAACCUGUCAUCCAUAGUCAGGCACCUGCCUUUGGGAGUGUGAUGACAAUUCCAGACAGAAGUUUUCAAUGGCACUAGGCAGGAGGAUUUCCCAAAGGCCACCACAGAUGCACUAAUGAUACGUCCUGGGAGAGUCAGGCUUGUGACACUAAAAGGUUGCUUUAAAUGGACACGAAUAUAUAUUUUUAAAUAGGGUAAAAUGCAAAGGCAAUACAUUGUGAUUAGCUCUUUACAGUCAAACAAAGAAAAAACUAUUUCAUUCUAUUAAGGACUAGAUUUGAUGGAAGAGGGAACUCAUAUUCUGAUUGUGUACUUUUUUUAAUAAUUGCAAGUGGCAAUAAUGAGUAAGUUGUGAGCAAUAAUAUGAACAGGUUGUGAGGAUACUGUUCUGUACCAAGUGGAGCACACACACUGCAGUGGAGCAUUAGGACUCUGUACUUUUUGGAAUCUUUCCACAGAUGUAGAAGAGGUAGGUACUGGUGAGGAAGUAUUAGCAGAAAUGUGUUAACAGAGAGACAGGCAGGAGAAGAACCUCCUUCUCCUCCCCCUUCCCACUCCCAGCCUGCUGUUAUGGCAUCCACUCACCUUGGACUGCCUGACCCUUGCCUCCCAAGGAGGGAACACUGACAACACAGAAUUCCUCAGCCAUAGGACUGAGGCUUCAGUCAGGAAAUAAAAAAGGCUUAACACCCUGUCUUGCUAUGCAAGUUAACAUUAUCAAUUGAAUAUUUCACCAGAAUGCAUCCCUAUUUUAAAACUCAGAAGUAUUAACCUUUUGAGGAAGGAGAAUUUUAUGUAAGAUGUUACACUUUCAAAAUCCUGUUGCUGGUCCCAAGAAGUCAGAGUAAUUACAUGACUUAGAGGUGAAAGUCAGGCAGGGCACUGGUGAUUGAGGUUACAUUGUCACACUUGGGAUGUGUUCAAAGUAUAAACAGCAGAGAGAAAGGAAGACAGCAGACAAAAGGAAAAAGCCGAGAAGUUCUACUCAACAUCUAGCAACAACAUUCUCCAGACAGGCACUGGUAUUUUCCAUAAGAAAGAAGCUCAUGACUACACACAGGAAUUGUCAAGCCAUAGAUGGAAUACCCUAAAUUUGGAUUCUGAGUAAACCUUUGACCUCACACCCCUUGGACAGAGGUACCUGUUAAUUUGCACUAUAUUAUGAACACUAACGUUGUGCAGAGUGAAUGCCUUAGCUGCUUUGUCCCCUGGCACUGAGGACAAAAAGCUUUGUGAGGUUUCCAGUGGAACUGAUCCCAAACCAAAAAGGCUGCGGUACGACCAGCUCUGUAGGUUAGUUUUGUCCCUGUGCUUAGCCCUCAGCAGGAGGUGUUGUAGGUACUGCAGUGACAAACCCACCCCUGUGUGUUUUACUGGGAUUUGCUGGAUUUCUGUUUCCAAGCGUGACCUUUCCUUGUGCUGACUGACCAAGAGAUCUUUGAUAUGAUCCGUGUGUUCUGUCCAACUGUAGGUAGUUAAACGUCUGUAGAGUUGCCUGGAAUGCCAUUUGUUAGGUUCUAAACUCACACAGAUCUAAAUGAAGGGUUCAUGUUGUGUACAAAUCUUGAUUUCAGAAGUUUGAGACAAUUGUGAUGACAUUUGUAAAACUUGUACAGAUUUUUCACUAUGUGCCUAGCUUUGGUGUCCAUUCAGCUGAAAUUAAUUAAAACAAAAGGUGCAUGAAGAAAAACAGAAAUAAAGUAUAUGUAGAGAUGACUAUUUUAUAUUACAUGGCCCAAUCCUGUAUUUAUUUUCUCCCUUUUUUGAAGUAUUUCUAAAGACCUAGUUGAAACAGCUGUAUUUUUUGUUAAAAUAUUCCGUAGAAUUGUGCCUUUUGUCCGUAUGUGAAUAAAUGCUGUACAUUUUUGCAGUA